UGUUGUUGCAACGUUGUUUAUGUUUUCAGUAAAAUGUCCGGCGAUCUUGAAAGUUUUGUCAAUAGACCUGUUUCUGUGAUCACAGCAGACGGCAGGAUAUUCAUAGGUACCUUGAAGGGGUUUGAUCAGACGAUAAACCUUAUCCUUGAUGAGACUCAUGAACGGGUUUACUCUACUUCACAGGGAGUCGAGCAGGUUGUCCUGGGGUUACAUAUUGUCCGUGGAGACAAUAUUUGUGUUGUUGGAGAAAUUGACGAAGAUCUGGAUCAGAGAUUAGACCUAGCUAAUAUUAAAGCUGAUCCCAUCAAUCCAAUCCCUCACUCCGUUGUCCAGUAGGACGGAUCCUCAUCUACUCCUUGGAUCCCUAGGUAUCCAACUCUGAAGGCUGUUAUUAAUGUAUGACCGGCAUUUCCUGCUCUCUGUGAAAUAAUGUAUCAAUAAACGUUUUUUAAGUCUGAA